UCCUACCCCUCAUCCGAUUCCGAUCAUCUUGUCAUACAGCUUAAGUUUUUGCAAUAAAUUCAAUUUAUUUGGUUUAUUUUUUUUCUACUUGUAGUAAUUUAUAUACAAAUAAAAGUGCUCAACAAACCAAGCUAGUGACUUGGUAGCACUCAAAAUCCGAGGCCCCAGGCCUCGGCCUGUGGUCACACAUCCAUAAUCUAUAAAACAAACCGCAAAAUUGCUUUAAAUUCUUCGUUGCAAUUCAGCCCUCGUUUAUAAUUUCACAAUAUUUUUCUACCGCCGUUAAGAUGUCUCAGUGGAACAACUCUUACCCUUACAACCAGGAUUACCAGGGCUCCAACACCUGGAAUGGUGAAUUAGGCAAUCAAUAUUCAAAUCAACAGUACUAUCCCACCGCACAACCUACUUACGAGCAACCUAACCAGUAUGUAAACUUUCAAGAGUUUCUCUCUCAAAUGCAAGGCGGUAACGCCGCCGCGUCAAAUUCUGCCUCAUACAGCAACACUCAGUAUCAAAACUACCCUAGCAACCAGUAUGAAUACCAAAACAUGCCUUCAACAUCCCAAAAUCACGCUCAAAGUCCAUACUACCCAACAUCAACUGCCGUGAAUGGUACAGAUUUCCAAACAUCACAUACCCAGAUGAAUACUGUAUCAGAACCUAGCUAUAGCAAUCAAAUGGUAUUUAAAUCAAAUCUCACAGCAACGGCAACAGAAUUCGUGCCAAAAGGAACUCCGAAGCAACCAAGUCCUCCAGAAGACUCUUCCAUUUACAAUGGACUGUCAGAAAAUAAGGAUCACACUGCUGGAAACUGGAGGGAAAAGUCUUCCCAACCUAGUAGUUCCCGUAGCUUUAAUGAACCUCGGAAUGAUCAGGAAUCAAAGAGAAAGUCAGAAAAAGACCGCAGGCGGCGUAAUGAAGGGCGUAACAAUAAUUUAAGUAGUCAAAAUGAACCUAAUAGUCAAUACAAUGAGCCUAAUAGUCAAAUUGAUCCUGAUGGUGGUGAAUAUGAAUCAAAUACGUAUAGCUAUGAUUCCAAUAAACAUAGUGCCGAGUGUAGCACUAGCCGCAAAAAAGAGUCAAAUAAGAACAGCCGUAAAAAUGAGUCUAGCCGUAACUAUGAGAGCAGCCAAAAUUAUGACUCCAAUAGUUGCAACAAUGAAGCAAGCAGUCUGAACAAUGAUUUGGACCGUAACUAUGGCUCUCAAGACCGUAUCCACUCGAAUAGGAAUACAGAUUCAGAUCAGCGGCAAUUCGAGUCUAGCAGUCGUAACUAUGAUGGCAACAACCGCAACUACGACUCAAAAAAACGUUAUGAAUAUAAUAAUCGUAAUUAUGACUCUAGCAUUCGUGAGAGAGAUGGCGGCAGUCGCAACUACGAAUCAAAUAGCCGAAAUUACGAUUCUAACAAUCGAAGCCAAGACAGCAAUCGCGGUGCUGACUCAGGUCGCUCCGACUACAACCGACGCGACUUCAACGGCCGCGAUAGUGACUACAAUAGUCGUAAUAACGAUUCCAAUCAGGAUCGUGAAUAUGGUCGUAACCAGGACUACAAUAGUCGUGACUACGGCCGUGGUUACGACUCUCGUUAUGACAGAGGAAAUAAAAAGUCUAAAAGCAAAGAUGUUGAUAAUAGAACUUACUAUAACAGUACAGCUAAGAGUAGUCAGGACGUCAGGAGUGGGAGAGCGGAGCGAGGAGAAGCCUCGGGCAGGAGCAGGAACUGGCCGGGAAGCCAGCGCGUGAGGCCUGUUGAAAGAGUUGAUGACGAGCAGUUUGCUAAAGGAUAUCUGGAUAAUCGGGAGGAUCGGUAUGCUAAAGGCUCCAGAUCAGAAACCAAUUUUAGUCCUAUGAGGAACAGGAAUAAGCAAAUGGAUCAUGGUGGGAACGCAGACCUGACCCAACGGGAGCGCCUCUCAGAGCAACUAGACAAGGGAACGUUAGAAUGCCUGGUGUGCUGCGAGCGAGUGAAACAGAUAGACCCGGUGUGGUCGUGCGGCAACUGCUAUCAUGUGCUGCAUCUCCGCUGCAUCAGGAAGUGGGCUAUGAGCAGCAUCAUAGAGGGCAAAUGGCGCUGUCCCGCCUGUCAGAACACCAGCUCCGAGCUUCCCUCGGAAUACCGCUGCAUGUGCGGCGCCGUGCGGAGCCCCGACUACCAGCGUGGGCAGCAUGGGGCCCACACUUGUGGACAGACAUGCCAGCGGCCCCGCUCGUGCCCGCACCCGUGCACGCUGCCGUGCCACCCCGGGCCCUGCCCGCCCUGCCAGGCCACCGUCUCCAAGCAAUGCGGCUGUGGCGCUGAAACCCGCUCGGUCCUCUGCAGUAGCAAGUUACCACAGGUGUGCGGCCGAGUGUGUUCGCGGAAACUGGAGUGUGGGGUGCACUCGUGCGAAAAGGAGUGCCACGAGGGCCCGUGCGAUGCUUGUGGGGCCUCUGUUGAUCAAGUGUGCCACUGCCCAGCCGCGAAAACCCGCUCCGUCCCCUGCUGCGCGGCCACCGGCUCCUCCCAGACGUGGUCGUGCGGCGCCGCGUGCGCGCGCGUGCUCGCGUGCGGCGCGCACGUGUGCCGCGCGCCGUGCCACGCCCCGCCCUGCGAGCCGUGCGCGCUGAUGCCGGCCAGCGUGCUCACGUGCCCGUGCGGCCGGACUAAGCUACCCAAAGACAAGCGCAAGUCAUGCACGGACGCGAUCCCUCUGUGUGGCAACAUCUGCGCCAAGCCGCUCCCGUGCGGCCCGGAAGGCGACAAGCACUUCUGCAAACUAGAGUGUCAUGAAGGUGCCUGCCCCGUAUGUCCGGAUAAAACGCUGUUGCCGUGUCGCUGCGGGCACUCCAGCCGCGAGGUGCCUUGCUCCGAGCUUCCACAGAUGCUGGACAACGUCUUCUGUCAGAAAAAGUGUAACAAGAAACUGUCCUGCGGCCGACACCGCUGCCGCGCCUGCUGCUGCGCCGCCGCCGCGCACCGCUGCGGCGUGGUGUGCGGCCGCGCGCUGGCCUGCCAGCUGCACCGCUGCGAGCAGUUCUGCCACACCGGCCACUGCCCGCCCUGCGCGCGCGCCAGUUUCGAAGAGCUAAGCUGCGAGUGCGGCGCCGAAGUGAUCCUCCCCCCGGUGCCUUGCGGAGCCAAACGUCCCGCCUGCAGCGCGCCGUGCCGCCGCCCACGCGACUGCGGCCACCCGGCGCUGCACGCCUGCCACUCCGGCCCGUGCCCGCCGUGCGUGGUGCUCACGGCCAAGCGCUGCCACGGGCAGCACGAGGUACGUCCCGUCCCGUGUGGCAUGCGUCCCGCCUGCAGCACGCCGUGCCGCCGCCCACGCGACUGCGGCCACCCGGCGCUGCACGCCUGCCACUCCGGCCCGUGCCCGCCGUGCGUGGUGCUCACGGCCAAGCGCUGCCACGGGCAGCACGAGGUACGUCCCGUCCCGUGUGGCAUGCGUCCCGCCUGCAGCACGCCGUGCCGCCGCCCACGCGACUGCGGCCACCCGGCGCUGCACGCCUGCCACUCCGGCCCGUGCCCGCCGUGCGUGGUGCUCACGGCCAAGCGCUGCCACGGGCAGCACGAGGUACGUCCCGUCCCGUGUGGCAUGCGUCCCGCCUGCAGCGCGCCGUGCCGCCGCCCACGCGACUGCGGCCACCCGGCGCUGCACGCCUGCCACUCCGGCCCGUGCCCGCCGUGCGUGGUGCUCACGGCCAAGCGCUGCCACGGGCAGCACGAGGUACGUCCCGUCCCGUGUGGCAUGCGUCCCGCCUGCAGCACGCCGUGCCGCCGCCCACGCGACUGCGGCCACCCGGCGCUGCACGCCUGCCACUCCGGCCCGUGCCCGCCGUGCGUGGUGCUCACGGCCAAGCGCUGCCACGGGCAGCACGAGGUACGUCCCGUCCCGUGUGGCAUGCGUCCCGCCUGCAGCACGCCGUGCCGCCGCCCACGCGACUGCGGCCACCCGGCGCUGCACGCCUGCCACUCCGGCCCGUGCCCGCCGUGCGUGGUGCUCACGGCCAAGCGCUGCCACGGGCAGCACGAGGAACGCAAGACGAUCCCGUGCUCACAAGAAGAGUUCUCAUGCGGGCUGCCAUGCGGCAAACCUCUGCCGUGCGGCAAGCACACCUGCCAGAAAACGUGCCACAAAGGCCCGUGCGAUGCCGGCAAAUGCACUCAACCAUGCAACGAGAAGCGUCCCAGCUGCGGCCACCCGUGCGCCGCGCCGUGCCACUCGGCCGACAGCGACAAAGCUGACAAACCUGACAAAGAUAAAGGCGACAAACCCGACAAGCCAGCUUGUCCGAGCAGCGCUCCGUGCCGCAAGCUCGUGCGAGCUACUUGCCCGUGUGGGAGACGGACUGCCGAGCGAUCUUGUCAUGAUAAUGCUCGCGACUUAGCCAAAAUAAUGAGUGCGCUGGCCGCAUCGAAGAUGCAAGAAGGCGGUUCAGUGGAUUUGUCGGAAGUUCAGCGCCCCGCCGCCAUGCUCAAAACAUUGGAAUGCGACGACGAAUGCCGCGUGGAGGCGCGCACGCGGCGCCUCGCGCUCGCCCUGCAGAUCCGCAACCCCGACGUGUCGGCCAAGCUGCAGCCGCGCUACAGCGACCACGUGCGCGCGCUGGCCGCAAGGGAGCCCGCCUUCGCGCGCCAGGUGCACGACAAGCUCACCGAGCUCGUGCAGCUCGCCAAGAAGUCGAAACAGAAGACACGCGCCCACUCCUUCCCGUCAUGCAACUGGCAAAAACGUCAGUUUAUACAUGAGAUGUGCGAGCAGUUCGGCUGUGAGUCCGUUGCAUACGACGCGGAGCCGAAUCGCAACGUCGUUGCCACCGCCGACAAGGAGAAGUCGUGGCUGCCCGCCAUGAGCGUGCUGGAGGUGCUGGCGCGCGAGACCGGCAGGCGGCGCGUGCCCGGGCCCGUGCUGCGCGCGCCCGCCGCCACCGCCGCCGCCACCACCACCACCGCCGCCGCCAACAAGUCGGGCAGCGGCUGGGCCACGCUGACGUCGGGCAGCGCGUGGGCGGCGCGCGCGCGGCCGGCCGGCCCGCAGGCAGCCCGACCCAAGAUUGACUACUUCGACAACCCGCCCGACGACUAGACAAGUAUGCGCAGGCUCAUUGGGAAAUAUCUGCUGAAGUAAGACCGACGAAAACCAUAUAAAAAAUGUAACAGCAAAGAUAAUUGACAACAUUUCAUAUUUUUAAGUGCUACUUUUUAUUGUCUACAUCGAAAGAACGCACUAAUUUAAGGUACCCGUAUUUUUUUUAUUUUGCGUAAGUCCUAUAUUUUGAUCAUAAAAUCUAUUUAUAUUGUUACUUGAAACGAAAGGGCGUAUGUAACAAACGUGAUUUGUGAGAAUCGUGACGUCACGGGUCUGUUUCAUACACUGGAAAAAACGUUGAAUUAAUUUACGUUUGAGCAUAGACAACAGUGCGAGUGACAUAACCUCAAACGUUAAAAAUAAAAUCACAAAUUAACAAGUGUCACAAACGUCAAAACUCAAGUCAAACGAUGGUUUUCCUCCCGUUUUCAAUGUCAACCCAAUCGGAAGUCAUUUUUUUGCUUGUAGUGGCAGAACUGAAGGAGCUGGGUGACGUCAAUUUCCGUUUUAACUAUUUUUAGAGAUUUUGAAUACAAAAAUGCGUAAAAAAUAUAUAAAAAUUAUUUAUUUGUAAUCUACAGGAGCCCCUCUCGAAAUGGUUUACGAUUUAGGGAUAUUGAAAAUUUUGAAAUGUUGUCAAUUGAGAGGUAGGCUAACGGCCCGAUUUGAAGAAUGAAAUACGAUAACAAUAAGUUCAGCGGUGUCAGCACGGUUCCAUUUUUAUCACUUGUCACUAUACCCGUCACUUUUGCGCUUACAUACUUAUUAGAACGUGACAGGCAUGGUGACAAAUGAUAAAGAGCCGAACAUCUCGCCCUACUGGUUUAGAUUAGUUCUCAUUUAGACAUGGUUUAUAUGUCGUAUAAUUGACAGAAACAGCUCGAUUCGGUCAACCGAUGUCACUUUGACGUUAGUAAUAUCGUGAUAGAUCUUAUUGGGAUCACAGCGGAAUCGAAAUAAACGUCAAUUUUGACAUGUCGUUUAGUUAUCGAUCUUUCAAAGAUCUUAAACGUGUCUUAAUCAUUCUUCGAAUCGGGCCGUAAGAAAAAAACGUGCCCCUUAGUUUGACAUCCAAAACAGAGGUCACUAUUGUUUCCCAUAAAGUUAUAAUGUAUUGUUUGUCCGCAUUUUCGUUAGUCAUAAUUUGUUUUUUCUCAGAAACGCGUAUUUUUUCAGGAUUGCCAUAAAACAAACCUAACCUAACCUAUCUAUAGGAUAACCUAAGGAAAUUCCUGAAGAGUUACCGGUUUCAGAGUUAUGACUAUCAUUACAUUAUGACUUUCAAUAAUUAUGUCAAACAAAGGGAUCCGAGAUAAAAUACAUUUAUUCGUGACAGUCACAAACAUGUACGAACA